AUGAAUGAGAUACACCUGACAUGGAUGAUAAUUCUUGAGCCUUUUGCUGUUGAUAAUCCAUUGUCUCUUGUUGAAGUUAAUAAAUAUGUGUUUGAAGGCCUGCCAUCUUUGGUGGACGUUGGGGGUGGCACCGGCACGGUUGCUAGGUCCAUUGCCAAAGCCUUCCCCAACUUAAAGUGCACUGUUCUUGAUCUCCCACAUGUGGUUGCCAACCAAGAGCAAACUCAGAACUCGGACUUCGCUGCAGCAGAUAUGUUAGAGGAGGUACCACCAGCCAAUGCAAUCUUACUCAAGUGGAUUCUCCAUGACUGGAGCGAUGAAGACUGUGUGAAGAUACUCAAGAACUGCAAAAAGGCCAUUCCAGGAAGAGACAAAGGGGGAAAAGUGAUUAUCAUAGACAUGGUGAUGAAGAGCCAGUUAGAAAAUCAUGAGUCAGUUGAAGCCCAGAUAUGUUUGGACAUGCAGAUGAUGUUGGUUCUUUAUGGUGCCAAAGAAAGAACUGAGAAAGACUGGGCAAUACUCUUCUGGGAUGCUGGUUUCAACAGCUAUAAAGUCUUUCCAGUGUUGGGUACAAGGGGUCUCAUUGAGGUUAAUCCCUAA